UUAUUAUCACCGUUUCACUCUCAAUCACUGAUGACUUAUUAGUUCGUGUUGCAGUUUUAUUUUUACGAGUUGCGAUCAAAGAAAUAACCAUGUCUGAAGGAGGGCAGCAAGUGGACCUAAUGCAGCUUCCGAUUCCACAACUGAAUGGUCUUAAAGAACAGCUAGAUCAGGAGGUGGAGAUGAUGCAGGGUUCUUUGCAGCAGCUCAAGAUGGCCCAGUCUCGGUUUAUGGAAUCAUCAGAAAGCAUAGCCAAAUUAAAUUCUGAUAAUGAAGGAAAAGAGAUGCUGGUUCCACUAACAUCAUCUCUCUAUGUACCAGGCAAAUUGCAAGAUGUCAAUAAUGUAUUAAUAGACAUAGGGACUGGCUACUAUGUAGAAAAGUCACUUGAGGAAGCUAAGAAGUACUUCAAAAGGAAAGUAGAUUUUGUCACCAAACAAAUGGAAAAAGUGCAACCAGUACUAAUAGAGAAAUCAAAGAUGAGACAAGUUGUGACAGAAGUGAUGAACAUGAAGAUUCAAGCUCAAAUGGCACAAAUGCAAUCACAGCAAGCAAAAUCAUAGGAGAUCAAAAGAGAUGAGCUCUUUCUUAGUGUAUAAACUAUUCAUUUUUAUAGGUGUUACAUGUCAUUUUCUCCCUUAUGCAUCUUUAGUGACCCGUGCCCACUGAAUGCAGUCUAGGGCCUAUUGUGGUUCAAUAUUAAAUGAAAUAUAUGUAUAUGGAUAUUAGUGUACGAUGAGAAUGUUGUAGCAGCAAUACAAAUGCGCUCAAGGUUGUGCCAUAGUCUCCAGGCACAGACCUUCAAUUUCUCAUAGUGCACAAUACAGAGUCUGAAGUAGUGAGACUAGAUUCUCUCAGUCAUGUUUUGUGGCUGUCUCUCCCAGGCAGAAAGUUUGGAGCCUAGUCUUCACUCUAGACUUGGUAGGCUAUACAUGUAAUUUGUUUUGAAAAUUGGAGUCUGUGCGUGCAGACUACUUGUAGGUGUACCAUACAAGGUUCAACAAGCAUAGUACUCAUAGGGUUUGUAUUAGGCAUAUGAAAUUUGUCAUUAGAAAUGUAUUCCUUAUGCCUUUAUGUAGCCUCAAGUGAGUAGGGCCCCAUAAUAUGAA